AGUUUGAUCUAGGCUGCGACGGAAUCAACACGAAUGAAGUGAUAAGUGGAAGUAAAAUUAUGGAAAAAAUAAAUUUGUUUUUAAUGGCACAAUCUGUGUAACAGGAAGCGAUAGUGUAAACGAGAAAAUAUUUGUGUAGAUAGACAACUUGGGUGACGUCUAUUGUGACGUCCCUCAAGUAAUCGAACAGAAAAUUAAGAAAAUAAACGAAAAUGGCUGAAGCGGAAGGAGGAUCGGAGCAGGAUGAUGUUUCAUUCUUAAGAACGGAAGACAUGGUUUGCCUAUCAUGUACAGCAACAGGCGAACGUGUAUGUUUAGCAGCUGAAGGAUUUGGCAAUCGUCACUGUUUCCUCGAAAAUAUUGCCGAUAAGAAUAUUCCACCGGAUCUAUCGCAAUGUGUUUUCGUAAUCGAACAGGCACUGUCAGUGCGUGCCUUGCAGGAAUUGGUUACAGCCUCUGGUUCGGAAACGGAAGGAGAUUCAUUAGGAAAAGGAACGGGUUCAGGUCACAGAACUCUACUGUAUGGUAAUGCCAUUCUUUUACGCCAUCAAAACAGUGAUAUGUACUUAGCAUGCUUAUCAACAUCAUCGUCCAACGACAAAUUGUCUUUCGAUGUUGGUCUGCAAGAACACAGCCAAGGUGAAGCGUGCUGGUGGACGGUACAUCCGGCCAGUAAACAGAGAUCAGAAGGUGAAAAAGUACGAGUGGGAGAUGAUUUAAUUUUGGUGUCUGUUGCAACUGAACGUUAUUUGCACACAACCAAAGAGAAUGAUUUAUCCAUUGUGAAUGCCAGCUUUCACGUAACACAUUGGUCGGUACAACCUUUCGGCACGGGUAUAUCUCGUAUGAAAUAUGUGGGCUUCGUAUUCGGUGGAGAUGUGUGUAGAUUUCUGCAUGGCGGUGACGAGUGUUUGACUAUACCAGGAACGUGGAGUCCAGAACCUGAACAGAAUAUCGUCAUAUAUGAAGGUGGUUCGGUAAUGGCACAGGCCAGAUCACUGUGGCGAUUAGAGUUAGCAAGAACAAAAUGGUCUGGAGGUUUUAUUAACUGGAGUCAUCCGAUGCGAAUUCGUCAUAUCACCACAGGAAGAUAUCUGGGUGUGAACGAUAGCAAAGAACUUGUUUUGUUUCGUCAUACAGAAGCCAAUCUUCAGAAAACAACAUUUUGUCUCCGGCAAGAAAAGGACGAUCAAAAAAUUGUACUCGAAGAUAAGGAUCUGGAAAUAAUCGGUGCACCAAUCAUCAAAUAUGGUGAUUCGACUGUUAUACUACAGCAUUCAGAAACGGGAUUUUGGGUCAGUUACAAAUCUUACGAAACGAAGAAAAAAGGAGUGGGAAAAGUCGAAGAGAAACAGGCAAUCCUUCACGAAGAAGGUAAAAUGGAUGACGGCCUGGACUUCUCCCGGUCCCAAGAAGAAGAAUCGAAGACUGCUCGCGUCAUUCGAAAGUGUAGCAGUCUAUUUACGAAAUUCAUUAAUGGCCUCGAAACGUUAACACAAAAUCGUAGACAUUCGAUGUUCUUCCUCACAGUCAACCUAGCCGAAUUGGUUGCGUGUUUGGAAGAUUUGAUAAAUUAUUUCACACAACCUCCCGAUGAUAUGGAGCACGAAGAGAAACAAAAUCGUUUCCGGGCACUGCGCAAUCGUCAAGAUUUGUUCCAGGAGGAGGGUGUUCUCAAUUUGAUCUUGGAAGGCAUUGACAAGAUCAAUGUCAUUACAUCACAAGGAUUUCUAGCUGGAUUCUUGGUGAACGAAGAAACCGCCACCAACUGGGAAUUGAUUUCCGGUUAUCUGUACCAACUCUUAGCCGCCAUCAUUAAGGGAAAUCACACCAAUUGUGCACAGUUCGCCAAUUCGAAUCGAUUGAAUUGGUUGUUCUCGCGGUUAGGUUCGCAGGCGUCCAGUGAGGGAUCUGGCAUGUUAGACGUGCUACAUUGUGUGCUCAUCGAUUCGCCGGAAGCGUUGAAUAUGAUGCGAGAUGAGCACAUUAAAGUUAUCAUCAGUUUGUUGGAAAAGCAUGGCCGCGAUCCCAAAGUUCUGGAUGUUUUGUGUUCACUAUGCGUGGGUAACGGGGUUGCGGUUCGAUCGUCGCAGAACAAUAUUUGCGAUUAUUUGUUACCUGGCAAAAAUCUCUUGUUGCAAACCCAAUUGGUCGAUCAUGUGGCCAGCAUUCGUCCAAAUAUAUUUGUCGGUCGUGUAGAAGGAUCGUCCAUGUACCAAAAGUGGUACUUUGAAAUCACCGUUGAUCAUAUCGAGCAAACCACUCACAUGACGCCGCAUUUACGUAUCGGAUGGGCGAAUACAGCCGGGUACAUUCCCUAUCCAGGCGGAGGAAAAAAAUGGGGUGGAAAUGGUGUAGGAGAUGAUUUAUACUCGUUCGGUUUCGAUGGUGCAUUUCUAUGGACAGGCGGUAAGAGCACAGCUGUCCUUUCAGAUCUACCGUUGGAACCGUACAUACGUAAAAAUGACGUAGUCGGUGUAGCACUCGAUUUGAGUGUUCCAAUUAUUUAUUUCACAUUUAACGGAGCGAGGGUUCGUUCCAACUUUAGAGAUUUCAAUCUCGACGGAAUGUUCUUUCCAGUCAUGAGUUGUUCAUCGAAACUGAGCUGUCGAUUUUUACUUGGAGGAGAUCACGGUCGCCUGAAAUAUGUUCCACCAAUGGGAUUCUCGCCACUUGUACAAUGCCUAAUGCCUCAUCAGAUUCUCAGUCUCGAUCCCUGUUUUUACUUCGGCAAUUUGAACAAGAAUGUUUUGGCGGGGCCAUUUUUAAUUGAAGACGAUACACCGUUUGUGCCAAAUCCAGUCGAUACUGCAACCGUAGCAUUGCCGAGCUCUGUCGAUUCGAUCAAAGAAAAAUUAGCGGAAAAUAUCCACGAAAUGUGGGCGUUGAAUAAAAUUGAGGCUGGAUGGACCUGGGGCGAACGUAGAGAUGAUUUGCACAGAAUACAUCCUUGCUUGACGCAAUUCGAGAAACUUCCGCAUGCAGAAAAACGUUACGAUUCACAGUUGGCCGUACAAACGUUGAAAACGAUUAUCGCUCUCGGUUACUACAUAACAAUGGACAAACCACCAGCGAGAAUUCGUCCCAUUCGUUUACCGAACGAGCCGUUUAUGCAAGCAAACGGUUACAAGCCCGCCCCGCUAGAUCUGAGUGCCGUAUCCUUAACACCGAAAUUGGAAGAUCUUGUCGAUCAACUGGCCGAAAACACACACAAUCUAUGGGCCAAGGAGCGAAUACAACAAGGAUGGACGUAUGGACUGAACGAAGACUCAGAUAAUCAUCGCAGUCCACAUCUGGUACCGUAUGCUAAAGUUGACGAGGCAAUCAAAAAAGCAAACAGAGAUACAGCCUCCGAGACUGUACGAACGCUAUUGGUGUACGGCUACAAUUUGGAUCCACCAACUGGCGAAGGGAACGAGGCCUUAUUGGCAGAAGCUUUAAGACUAAAGUUUGCAGCGUUUCGUACAUAUCGCGUUGAACGUAACUAUGCUGUAACGUCGGGCAAAUGGUACUUCGAAUUUGAAGUUCUGACAGCAGGUCCGAUGAGAGUCGGAUGGGCUAAAGCAGAUUGUAGUCCUGGAGCAAUGUUAGGUGCUGACGAAACCACUUGGGCAUUUGACGGUUAUAAUGAAGAAAAAGUUUAUGGAGGCUCGACCGAGUCUUUCGGAAAGCAAUGGGGUCCCGGUGAUGUUGUCGGUGUCUUCUUAGACUUGGUUGAUCAUACCAUCAGUUUUUCACUGAAUGGUGAGCUGUUAAUGGACGCAUUGGGUGGUGAAACGACAUUCGCUGAUGUUACCGCCGAAGAUGUAGGAUUUGUACCGGCUUGUACAUUAGGAGUCGGCCAAAAGGCUAGACUAACAUACGGACAAAAUGUCGAUUUACUGAAAUAUUUCACAACGUGCGGUCUACAAGAGGGAUAUGAACCGUUUUGUGUAAAUAUGCGACGACCUGUUACCCACUGGUACACUAAAGAUCAACCAAUUUUCGAAAAUACUGAUGACAUGAUGGACUGUCGAAUCGACGUAGCUAGAAUACCUGGAGGAUCCGAUACACCUCCGUGCUUGAAAAUUUCUCACAACACUUUCGAAACAAUGGAGAAGGCAAAUUGGGAGUUCUUAAGAUUGUCACUGCCAGUCACUUGCCUGUCUGACUUUAUUAGUGAACAAGAAAAACGUCGUCGAUGGGACGAAAUUAAGAUAAGACAACACCGAUUGCAGUCAGAAAUGAAUGAGUCUCAGGCAGAAGCGCCAGCGCACAUCGAUCAUAUUAUGAAAAGUGGUUUUACCAUGAACGACCUUAAAGGAUUGAACAGAAAUUUUGGAGACGAUGCAGCCGAAGCUGAUGAUAUGUUGAGAUCAAAUCCCCAAAGACCACCACGGAAAUUGUCGUUAACUCAGAACGGAUAUGACAGUGCAGAGAUGAAUGUUCAAAUGCAACGUUCGGCCAGCGCGUUAAACAUAGAACCAUUUCAGCCAGAAGAUGGUGCCGCACUGGAAGAGGGUGUUGACAAAAAGAGAAGCCGAAGUCCGUUUAAAUUUUUCAAAAAGAAUCGUUCACAGAGCAAGGAUAAAUUUAAGUCGAAGUCAAAGUCUCCAGACGCAGUGAAUAGGCGCGUAAUGGGCCGAAAUGUCGGUCCACCUCAAAUGGCGGGCAAAUCCCCAAAAGUCAAAGCAUCGGAUACUGACCUAAAAAAUCACGCACAUUCGGAACGGCCAUCAAACGGCAAGACGACAAUGACAGUGAGUGCAUUGGGCACUCAUAUCGAAUCAAGUGGAAACGAGGUCUAUGACGCUGAAUGCAUGAAGUUAAUAAACGAAUACUUUUAUGGCGUUCGUAUUAAUCCUGGUCAGGAUCCUACGCAUGUUUACGUCGGUUGGGUAACAACUCAGUACCACUUGCAUAGCCGAGAAUUUAAUAGUAAGAAAGUAAGGAAAGGUUCAGUGUUUAUCGAAGACGACUAUCAGCAAGUGAUCGAUCGUAUAGACCGUCAAAGUUGCUACGUUGUUCGAGCAGAUGAACUGUAUAACGAAGUGACACAAGAUGCUACCGGUAAAGGGGCAACACAGGGCAUGUUUGUUGGAUGCUUUGUCGAUACGGCAAUGGGCGUCAUAAGAUUCACAUGCGAAGGAAAGGAAACGUCACAUCGCUGGCAAAUGGAGCCGGAAACUAAACUCUUUCCAGCUAUUUUCGUAGAAGCAACGAGCAAGGAAAUCUUACAGAUUGAGUUGGGUAGAACGCCAACAACUUUACCGCUAUCCGCUGCUGUUUUACCAACCAGCGAUAAGCACGUCAAUCCACAGUUUCCACCUCGUCUAAAGGUGCAAUGUCUCAAACCUCACCAGUGGGCUAGAGUACCGAAUCAGUUCUUGCAAGUGCAUGCACUGAAGUUAUCGGAUAUUCGAGGAUGGUCUAUGUUAUGCGAAGAUCCCGUAUCAAUGCUGGCAUUACAUAUUCCAGAGGAAGAUCGCUGUGUAGACAUCUUGGAAUCAAUUGAAAUGGACAAAUUAUUGUCGUUCCAUUCCCAUACCCUAACAUUGUACGCUGCACUCUGCUACCAAUCGAAUUAUCGAGCAGCUCAUGCAUUGUGCCUUCACGUCGAUCAAAAGCAACUGCUGUAUGCUAUCAAAUCGGAGUAUAUGUGUGGACCGUUGCGGCAAGGAUUCUACGAUUUAUUGAUUGCCCUGCAUUUGGAGUCGCAUGCUACAACAAUGGAGGUGUGCAAGAAUGAGUUCAUCGUGCCACUGGGACCAGGAUUGAAAGAGCUGUACCGAGACACUGAAAUGUGUCAUUCAUUGCGAUCGUUGCAAACCGAGUCCGUGAGACCCAUACUAAGGAUGACCGAUAUAGCUGAGCCACAUUUCCUGCCCCACUAUACAUCCAAUUUAGCACCGGCUGUUUCUAGUGACCAAAUACCGACGAUUGACUCACUCUAUUCGCCGAAAUUUGCGCUCGAAGUGGUCAGAACGUUUGUGAUGGAAGCGCUCGCCGAGGCCGUCGAAGUUAAUCAGGUCCACAAUCGUGAUCCGAUCGGUGGCAGUAACGAAAAUCUUUUACUACCGUUACUCAAACUGACCGACAGACUGUUGUUGGUUGGAAUUUUAACCGACGAAGACAUACAGAAACUUCUGAUCAUGAUCGAUCCAGAAACGUGGGACUCUACGUUCGACAGAGAAGGUAAAGACGAACAUCGCAAAGGUCUUCUCACUAUGAAAAUGGCUGAAGGAGCCAAACUGCAGAUGUGCUACCUUUUACAUCAUCUUAGCGAUGUACAAUUACGUCAUCGUGUCGAAAGCAUUGUUGCCUUCUCGCAUGAUUUUGUCGGUGAUCUCCAGGCCGAUCAACUGCGUCGUUAUAUCGAAAUUAAAGCUUCCGAUUUGCCGAGUGCUGUUGCAGCUAAAAAGACGCGUGAAUACCGUUGCCCACCGCGUGAACAGAUGAAUGCCAUUUUGGGAUUCAAAGACAUGGAUUCAACUGAUGUUGAGAAUUGCCCAUGUGGUGUGGAUUUACGCGACAAUUUCAUGACUUUCCAUGAGCAAUUUUUGAGUAAAAUUUCGUUGAACGCUCUGGAAGAGCCCGAACCGGAAGAAGAAGUCGAAGAAGUUCCCCAGCCCGGACCAUUCACUAAGUUCUACAACUUCAUUAAUGUCAAAGAAGAGGAACCUGUUGUCGAGCCAGAAGAACCGGAAAUAAAGACUCCGGAGGAAUUGUUCCGAAAAGUAUUAAUCAAAACGAUUAUUGGUUGGGCGAAGGAAUCACAGAUUGAAAUGCCGAAACUAGUCAGGGAAAUGUUCAGUUUAUUGGUGCGACAGUAUGAUACCGUUGGUGAAAUGAUCCGAGCAUUGGAGAGGACCUACGUCAUCAACACUAAAACCAAAGCUGAUGUUGCUGGUAUGUGGGUCGGUUUGAGUCAAAUAAGAGCAUUACUGCCGGUACAGAUGAGUCAGGAAGAAGAAGAAUUGAUGCGAACCAGACUGUGGAGGCUUGUCAACAACCACACAUUUUUCCAACAUCCAGACUUGAUUCGUAUAUUGCGCGUCCACGAAAACGUUAUGGCUGUAAUGAUGAACACUUUGGGAAGACGAGCUCAGUCCAUCGGUGAUGCACCGGUUCAAAGUGAAGGAGGUGAAGCGCCAGUGAAAGAGAAAGAUACGUCACACGAGAUGGUGGUGGCUUGUUGUCGCUUCCUUUGUUACUUCUGUCGUACAAGUCGUCAGAACCAAAAGGCUAUGUUCGAUCACUUUGAUUUCUUAUUAGAAAAUUCGAACAUCUUACUGUCACGUCCCAGUCUGCGUGGAUCAACGCCGUUAGAUGUUGCCUAUUCGAGUUUGAUGGAAAAUACCGAAUUGGCACUUGCACUGCGUGAACAUUAUUUGGAAAAAAUUGCCGUUUACCUUUCCCGGUGCGGUCUUCAAAGUAACUCAGAACUGGUAGAGAAAGGUUAUCCCGAUCUCGGAUGGGAUCCAGUUGAAGGUGAACGAUAUCUAGAUUUUCUACGGUUCUGCGUGUGGGUGAACGGUGAAUCAGUGGAAGAGAAUGCCAAUUUAGUAAUUCGAUUGCUAAUCCGUCGCCCAGAAUGUCUGGGACCAGCACUGCGCGGUGAAGGUGAAGGCUUACUUCGUGCUAUCAUUGACGCAAAUAAAAUGUCCGAGAGAAUCUCCGAACGACGCAAAUAUCACGAGGAACCAGAAAGUGAAAUGGAUGCAGAUUUCGUACAUCCACUGCCCGAAGGUGAAGAAGACGAAGAUUACAUUGACACGGGAGCGGCAAUACUUGGUUUCUAUUGUACUCUUGUUGAUUUAUUGGGACGAUGUGCACCGGAACCCUCAGUUAUCGAUCUGGGAAAGAACGAAUCGUUGAGAGCGCGUGCCAUUUUAAGGUCUUUAGUACCACUUGAAGAUUUACAAGGAGUGUUGGGCUUGAAAUUUACUCUGCAACAACAAGCACCAGGGGAAGAAAGACCCAAGUCAGAUGUGCCGUCUGGUUUACUUCCGGGACACAAGCAAAGUAUUGUGUUGUUCUUGGAACGUGUCUAUGGCAUUGAGACCCAUGAGCUAUUCUUUAAGAUUUUGGAAGAAGCAUUUUUGCCAGACUUGAGGGCGGCCACAAUGCUCGAUAAAAACGACGGCAGUGAGAGUGACAUGGCUUUGUCCAUGAAUCGUUACAUUGGUAUCUCCAUUCUGCCAUUGCUCAUAAAACACUCUAGGUUCUACAGCGAAGCUGAUAACUACGCCAGCUUAUUAGAUGCUGCACUGCACACUGUCUAUCGUUUGUCCAAGAAUCGAAUGUUAACAAAAGGACAGAGAGAAGCCGUUUCUGACUUCUUAGUUGCCCUAACAUCACAAAUGCAACCUGCUAUGCUGUUGAAGCUAUUACGGAAGUUAACUGUUGAUGUGUCCAAGCUAUCAGAGUAUACAACUGUGGCAUUGAGGCUCUUAACUUUGCAUUAUGAACGCUGUGCCAAAUACUACGGGUCGAGCCAGGCCCAAACCACAUACGGUGCCUCGUCUGACGAAGAAAAACGUCUGACAAUGAUGCUCUUCUCGAACAUCUUUGACUCGUUGAGCAACAUGGAAUACGAUCCGGAAUUGUUCGGAAAAGCGUUACCAUGUUUAAUAGCCAUUGGCUGUGCUCUGCCACCAGACUAUUCAUUGCCACAGAAAAACGAUGACGAUCCUUACGACAACGCUACAGGAAACCCUGAUAAUCCACAAUACAACCCGCAGCCAAUCAACACCAGCAACAUUACGUUGGACAAUGACCUAAAUUCGAUUGUGCAGAAAUUCAGCGAGCAUUACCACGAUGCUUGGGCCAGUAGAAAGAUGGAGGCACAGUGGCAGUUUGGCGAUUCAUGGUCGGAUUCAAGUAAAACACAUCCGCGAUUGAAACCGUACGGCAUGCUGAAUGAUUAUGAGCGAGAACGAUACAAGGAACCGGUUCGUGACUGUUUGAAAGCUCUAUUGGCUUUGAAUUGGUCCGUUGAACAUUCAGAUGCUGAUGCUCCACUAUCCCAUCGUGGAUCAACCAGACGACAAUCGAAACCAACUGUUGAUUUUCAGGCGGAAGGUAGUAACGCCUUCGAUUACAAUCCACAUCCGGUGGAUAUGACUAAUUUGACACUCAGUCGAGAGAUGCAAAAUAUGGCCGAGAGAUUGGCGGAAAAUUCACACGACAUAUGGGCGAAAAAGAAACGCGAAGAAAUCGACACAUCCGGUGGCAUAAUUCAUCCUCAAUUAGUUCCCUACGACUUGUUAACGGACAAAGAGAAAAAGAAAGAUCGUGAAAGAUCGCAGGAGUUCCUUAAGUAUAUGCAGUACCAGGGACUCAAGUUGCACAGACCAUCCAAAGCAGGCGUGGGUUCAGUCGAAGGUGAACCUGGUGUGAUUCAAGCAUCCAUUGAAUUGCGCUUCGCCUAUUCUCUGCUGGAGAAAUUAAUUGCGUACUUGGAUCGAGCCACAAUCAACAUGAAAAUGUUACGACCAUCAGCAACGUUCAGCAGACGAACGUCGUACAAAACGGCCUCACGCGACAUCAAAUUCUUUUCCAAAGUCGUUCUACCUCUGAUGGAAAAGUAUUUCUCGACCAAUCGAGGUUAUUUCAUUGCGGUCGCAACGGCCACGAACAACAUUGGUGCUGCCUCUCUGAAAGAGAAGGAAAUGGUGGCCGCGAUAUUCUGUAAAUUAGCUAGUCUUCUCAGGCAUCGAUUAUCGGCAUUUGGGCCCGAUGUCCGUGUAACAGUGCGCUGUCUUCAAGUAUUAGUGAAAGCUAUCGAUGCGAAAUCAUUAACUAAGAAUUGCCCGGAAUUCAUUCGAACUUCUAUGCUGACCUAUUUCAACAACACUGCCGACGAUUUGGGACAGACGAUUGUUAAUCUACAGGAUGGUAAAUUUAGUCAUCUCCGCGGCACCCACUUAAAAACCUCUACGUCAUUGACGUAUGUGAACCAGGUGAUAUUGCCGGUUCUUACGGCUAUGUUUGAUCACUUAGCAUCAUGUGAUUAUGGUAGCGACAUGCUCUUGGAUGAAAUUCAAGUAGCUUCCUAUAAGAUCUUAGCGGCUCUGUACACUCUGGGAAUAGAUCCAACACUGACCAAUGAUCGCAAAUACUUAAAAACAGAAAUCGAGCGGAAUAAACCGAGUCUCGGCUCCUGUCUGGGAUCGUUCAGUUCAACAUUUCCAGUUGCCUAUUUGGAACCUCAUCUAAACAAACACAAUCCAUUUUCACUGCUGAAUCGCAUUGCUGAUCAUUCCCUAGAAGCUCAGGAUAUAAUGGUCAAAAUGGAAAGUUCCAUGCCAAAUCUGGAAACGAUCAUGGCCGAAGUCGAUCAGUUUGUUGAUUCCGAUAAAACGUACAACGACUCACCGCACAUCAUCGACGUUAUAUUGCCGCUACUGUGUUCAUAUCUACCGUUUUGGUGGUCACAAGGUCCAGACAACGUAUCGCCAACGAACGACAACCACGUUACGAUGGUAACAGCCGACCAUAUGAACCAUUUGCUGACCAACGUUUUGAAAUUAAUCAAAAAAAAUAUCGGCAACGAAAAUGCCCCAUGGAUGACUAGAAUUGCAGCGUACACGCAACAGAUCAUCAUCAAUAGUUCCGAGGAAUUGUUGGUGGACGUGUUUCUGCCGUUAGCCGAACGGAUGAAGAAACGGACGGAAAAUAUGUUCCACAAAGAGGAAAGUAUGCGAGGAUUUAUCAAGUCAGCUGCAGACGAUACGUCACAGGUGGAAGGUCAAAUACAGACCGAUUGGCAACUGCUGGUUCGAGACAUAUACUCGUUCUAUCCGUUGCUGAUCAAAUAUGUUGACUUGCAACGUAAUCACUGGCUGAAAAACAAUAUUCACGAGGCUGAAGAACUGUACAAUCAUGUCGCUGAAAUAUUCAACAUCUGGUCAAAGAGUCAAUACUUCCUGAAGGAAGAGCAAAACUUCAUUUCGGCCAACGAAAUCGACAAUAUGGCGCUGAUCAUGCCAACGGCCACAAGACGUGGUGCUAAUGUGAAUGAAGGCGCGCCCGUAACUGGAGGUAAGGUCAAAAAGAAGAAAAAGAAUCGUGACAAGAAACGCGACAAGAGUAAGGAAGUGCAGGCUAGCUUAAUGGUUGCCUGUCUGAAACGUUUACUUCCUGUCGGUUUGAAUUUGUUCGCUGGAAGAGAACAGGAAUUGGUUCAACACUGUAAGGAUCGCUACUUAAAGAAAAUGCUUGAAACGGACGUCAUUGAAUUUGCCAGAACUCAAUUAACACUGCCGGACAAACUCGAUCCUGCGGAUGAAAUGUCGUGGCAACAUUAUUUGUACUCGAAGUUGGGUAAGAAGGAAUCAGAGCCUGACGAUACAAGUGAAAAACUACCAACACCAGCAACAGCGAUUGAGAAAACUAAAGAGAAAAUAAUUGAGGAAACGGCCGACCGAAUUGUGGCUAUGGCGAAAGUAUUAUUCGGACUGCAUAUGAUUGAUCAUCCUCAACAACAAAGCAAAAAUGUUUAUCGCAGUGUCGUAUCGAUUCAGAGAAAACGAGCAGUUAUUGCUUGCUUCCGACAGGCAACACUUCAUUCACUGCCCAGACAUCGAGCCUGUAAUAUAUUCGCUCGGACAUACUUUGAAAUUUGGUUGGGAGCAGAAAAUGUCGGACAAGAGGUUAUGAUUAACGAUCUAACACAAUCAUUUGAAGAAGCUGAAAAGCAGAGAAAGCUGGGUGAUGAACCAGUUGCGAAACCGGAUCCAUUGUCGCAAUUGGUCGUAACAUUUUGCCGUGGAGCAAUGACAGAACGAAGUGGUGCUUUACAGGAAGAUCCGUUGUACAUGUCCUAUGCUCACAUUGUAGCUAAAUCGUGUGGCGAAGAAGCAGAGGAAGAAGAAGAGGAAGAGAGCGAAGAAGGAGAGAGAAGUGCCAUUCAUUUUUCUAUGGAAAUAUUCUGGCGACAAGAAAUGGAAAAACAGAAACUUCUUUACGCUCAAAAGCGCCUAAACAAACGAGGUGUCUCCGAAAUGGUGCUGUUGCAUAUAUCUGCCUCUAAGGGCAUACCAUCAGAAAUGGUAAUGACAACGCUACAGCUUGGUAUCUCUAUAUUACGCGGUGGUAACAUCGACAACCAAAUGGGUAUGCUCAACCACCUCAAAGACAAGAAAGAUGUAGGCUUUUUCACAGCAAUUGCUGGAUUGAUGAACUCUUGUAGUGUGCUUGACUUGGACGCGUUUGAACGAAAUACCAAAGCAGAAGUGUAUACGUCGAGUAUGGGUUCAGGUUUAGGCUGUGGGUCGGAAGGAGCCGCUGGCGAGAAGAAUAUGCACGAUGCUGAAUUUACUUGCGCUCUAUUUCGUUUCAUUCAAUUGACGUGCGAAGGACACAAUUUAGAAUGGCAAAACUAUUUACGAACACAGGCCGGUAACACAACCACAGUGAAUGUUGUUAUUUGCACGGUCGAUUACUUGCUACGUUUACAGGAGUCUAUCAUGGAUUUCUAUUGGCAUUAUUCAAGCAAGGAAGUAAUUGAUACAGCUGGUAAAGCGAAUUUCUUCAAAGCAAUUGGUGUAGCAAGUCAAGUCUUUAACACGUUGACUGAAGUCAUCCAAGGUCCUUGUUUACUGAAUCAACAAGCAUUGGCACAUUCCAGAUUGUGGGAUGCUGUCUGUGGUUUCCUGUUCUUGUUCUCACAUAUGCAAAACAAACUAUCGAGACAUUCUAGUCAAAAUGACUUAUUGACUGAGUUGAAUAACUUACAGAAAGACAUGAUUACCAUGAUGUUGUCUAUGCUAGAAGGAAAUGUUAUCAAUGGUACCAUUGGUAAACAGAUGGUCGACACAUUGGUCGAGUCCGCCUCGAAUGUGGAACUAAUUCUGAAAUAUUUCGACAUGUUUUUGAAGCUCAAAGACUUGAUUUCAUCACCAUCGUUCCUUGAGAUCGAUCACAAUAUGGAUGGUUGGGUGUUCCCCAAAGAUCUUAAAGAAAAAAUGGAGCUGACAAAGAAUUAUACACCGGAAGAAAUCGAGUUCAUUCUCGUUUGCAUGGAAGUGAAUCAUGAAGGUAAAGUGGACUACGAAACGUUCAGCGAUCGAUUCCAUGAAUCAGCCAAAGACAUUGGCUUCAAUUUAGCGAUGCUGUUGACGAAUCUGUCGGAGCAUAUGCCCAAUGAACCAAGAAUUGCACGGUUCCUUGAAACAGCUGGUUCAGUUUUGAGCUAUUUUGAACCGUUCAUGGGACGUAUCGAAAUUAUGGGCGGCUCCAAACGCAUCGAAAGAGUCUACUUCGAAAUAAAGGAAUCGAACAUUGAUCAGUGGGAGAAACCGCAAAUCAAAGAGUCGAAGCGAGCCUUUUUCUACUCGAUGGUGACUGAGGGCGGUGACAAAGAAAAACUGGAGUCAUUCGUCAAUUUUUGUGAAGAUGCGGUCUUUGAAAUGCAACACGCGUCUGGUUUAAUGUCCACUGAUGAUGGCAGCAGUACCACAAGGAAAGAAGCUCAGUAUACCUUCAUGAGUGAGGAAGACGAGGAACGAGCCGCUAAGGACCCGAUUCGACGUAGUGUACAGGCAGUCAAAGAUGGAUUCCAUUAUGCUAUUCAUAUGUUCAGUCCUGCUAAUAUCAAAUAUCAAAUAGGCGUCAUGCAGACGAUGUCCAUACCCGAAUUGAUAAUUGGCUUCUUCAAAACAUUUUUCUACGCCUUUUACUAUUCGGGUUUCGGUGUUUCACAGGUCAUAAAAUACAUCUUCGGCAUUCUUAUGUCGUUGAUGCGUGGCCCGGCUGAAGAAUAUGUUCAAAUAGUGCCGAUUGAAGAAGAGAAAACGAUGAGAGCUCUGCCAGCCCUACCAUCCGAAGAGACAACGGGAACGGUGUCAGCAUUUGGUUUAGAUAUAAGUAAAGAAGACACUGGUCAAUACAGAAUCGCUCCGCAUGAAUCCAAUCAACCGAGUCCAACGUCAUCUAUGGAAGAAACCGGUGAAAGUGGUCCGGAUGAUGCUUCGCCGACUGGUGAACUGAAAGCCGACGGAGAACCAGUUGAACAGCCAAUGACUUUAGUAGAUUUAUUGGGAGGUGACGCAGCGAAACGUGCCGAUCAAGAACGCAGUGAAGCUCAGAAAAUACAGGAAGCUGCUAUGGCCUCAAUCGAAGCUGAAGCCAAAAGAUCGACUGAGACCCAAGCUGAACCAGCAGCUGUGGCACAAAUCGACGUUUCGCAUUAUACACAUAAAGUAGUGAGCUUCUUAGCCAGAAACUUUUACAAUCUCAAAUAUGUUGCGUUGAUUUUGGCCUUCUGCAUCAACUUCAUGCUACUGUUCUAUAAAGUCAAUGUAUUUGGUGAGGACGGCGACGGUGAUGGUGAUGACGAUUUGAUUGGAUUUGGUUCGGGAUCUGGAAGUGGUUUUGGUGGCUCAGGUUCAGGAAGCGGCGAUGGCGAUGAUGAAGACGAGGAUGCACUGGAAACUGUUAUAGUUAAUGAGGACUUCUUUUACAUGGAACAUGUUAUACGUUUGGCUGCGUUCCUGCACAGCUUAUGUUCGUUGGCCAUGCUUAUUGCCUACUAUCAUCUCAAAGUUCCGUUGGCCAUUUUCAAGAGAGAAAAGGAAAUCGCUCGUCGGUUAGAGUUCGACGGUCUCUUCAUAGCCGAACAGCCUGAGGACGACGAUAUUAAAUCGCAUUGGGAUAAGUUGGUGAUAUCAACGAAAAGUUUCCCAGUCAAUUAUUGGGACAAAUUUGUGAAAAAGAAGGUGCGGCAGAAGUACUGUGAGACGUACGACUAUGAUUCGAUAUCAAAUCUGCUUGGAAUGGAAAAGAAUGUGUAUAAGACCGGUCCCGAAGUAGAGGAACAAACCGGUCUGAUUGCCUACAUUUUGAAUAUUGAUUGGCGCUACAAUGUCUGGAAGGCUGGUGUAACCAUUACCGACAAUGCGUUCUUGUACGCUCUGUGGUACUUCUGCUUUUCACUACUCGGAAAUUUCAACAAUUUCUUCUUUGCCGCCCAUUUGCUCGAUAUUGCCGUGGUAAUUCCGUCGUUGAAAACCAUUUUGCAAUCAGUAACGCACAACGGAAAACAGCUAAUGUUAACGGUGAUGCUGUUAACCAUCAUCGUCUACAUUUACACGGUCAUCGCGUUCAAUUUCUUCCGCAAAUUCUACAUCCAAGAGGAGGACGACGAAGUGGACAAAAAAUGCCACGACAUGAUGACCUGUUUCGUGUUCCAUCUGUACAAAGGUGUACGAGCCGGCGGUGGCAUCGGUGACGAAAUCGGCGAUCCCGUCGGCGAUGACUACGAAGUGUAUCGAAUCCUAUUCGACAUAACAUUCUUCUUCUUUGUCAUUGUCAUUCUGCUGGCCAUCAUUCAAGGUUUGAUUAUCGACGCGUUCGGCGAACUGCGUGACCAAUUGGAAAGUGUCAAGGAGGACAUGGAGUCGAAUUGCUUCAUUUGCGGCAUCGGGAAGGAUUACUUUGAUAAAGUGCCGCACGGAUUCGAUACGCAUGUGCAGCAAGAGCACAAUCUGGCCAAUUACAUGUUCUUCUUGAUGCAUUUGAUUAACAAACCGGAUACGGAGUUUACGGGCCAAGAGACGUACGUGUGGAAUAUGUAUCAGCAACGAUGUUGGGACUUCUUUCCGGUCGGUGAUUGUUUCAGGAAACAGUAUGAAGACGAACUGGGUAUUGGUGGCGGUGGUUAAGGAUUAUGACUCUCUGUUCGGUGUUUUAUUAUUAUUUUGUAAAAUGACAAUGUUAAACGAACGUUACAGAUUAGGAAGUAAUUUUACGGAUUUGUGGUAAGUUUUGAGAAAAUUUUUACGACAUAUUUUCUACUCCUGACAAUUCAAAUAUUGAGCAAUUUUAUUGAAAUGGAAUUGAAUAAAAUGGGAUGUUGAAACGAUAUUACUUUUAUCCGAACGAUCGAUUUCGUAUGUUUUUAAAUUAUUUAAGAAAAUUAUAUUUAUUCUGUCACCCGUCCCUCAUUGAACUUAGAAUUUAAACAAAUGAAAAAAGUUAAAUUCUUUAAAUUUUAGUGUAAAUAAAAUUUAAAUAAAAAAAAAGAUCUAGCAACAAAAAUAUAGUUCCAAAAAUAUUCUAAUUACACAUUUGUGAUCAAUCGAAUGCCUUUACAACCAGAAAAAUAAAUAAAUUUAAAUUUUUGUCAAUGUUUCUUCAAUAAA